AUGGUCAUGCCAAGACACCACCUCGCCUGCGCAGGAAUAGCGUUUGCUCUCUGCCUUCAGCACCUCAUCAGCACCAUCGAAGUCCCUCUGGAUUCAAAUAUUCAGAGUGAAUUGCCUCAGCCCCCCACAAUCACCAAGCAGUCCAUGAAGGACUACAUCGUUGACCCAAGGGAUAACAUCUUGAUUGAAUGUGAAGGCAAAGGGAACCCUAUUCCCACUUUUUCCUGGACGCGGAACGGGAAGUUCUUCAAUGUGGCGAAGGACCCCAAGGUGUCCAUGCGGCGACGGUCGGGGACGCUGGUCAUCGACUUCCACAGUGGGGGACGGGCGGAGGACUAUGAGGGCGAGUACCAGUGCUUCGCCCGGAAUGACUACGGCACUGCCCUCUCCAGCAAAAUCCACCUCCAGGUUUCGAAGUCUCCCCUGUGGCCCAAGGAGAAGGUGGAUGUGGUAGAGGUGGAUGAAGGUGCUCCGCUCAGUCUGCAGUGCAACCCACCGCCUGGCCUGCCUCCGCCCGUCAUCUUCUGGAUGAGCAGCUCCAUGGAGCCCAUCCACCAGGACAAACGGGUCUCCCAGGGCCAGAACGGUGACCUGUACUUCUCCAACGUCAUGCUGCGGGAUGCCCAGACCGACUACAGCUGCAAUGCACGCUUCCACUUCACCCACACCAUUCAGCAGAAAAACCCCUACACCCUCAAGGUGAAAACCAAGAAACCCCAUAACGAAACGUCUUUACGAAAUCACACUGACAUGUACAGUGCCCGAGGGAUUACGGAAACAACUCCCAUCUUCAUGUACCCCCACGGGACCUCAAGCAGUCAGAUGGUGCUCAGAGGGGUGGAUCUCUUGCUGGAGUGCAUUGCUUCAGGAGUACCAGCACCAGACAUCAUGUGGUACAAGAAAGGAGGAGAGCUCCCAGCAGGCAAAACCAAACUGGAAAACUUUAACAAGGCUCUUCGUAUUUCCAACGUCUCUGAGGAAGACUCCGGGGAGUAUUUCUGCUUGGCGUCGAACAAGAUGGGCAGCAUCCGCCACACGAUCUCGGUGAGAAGUGCUCUCUCUUUUGAAGCUUCUCCCCCCAACCCGAGCCGAGAGGUGGCUGGAGACACGAUUGUAUUUCGAGAUACCCAGAUCGGCAGCAGUGCCGUGUACCAAUGCAACGCAUCCAACGAGCAUGGCUACCUUCUUGCCAACGCCUUUGUCAGCGUCUUGGAUGUGCCUCCACGGAUCCUGGCCCCCCGCAAUCAGCUCAUCAAGGUGAUUCAAAACAACAGGACCCGACUCGACUGCCCUUUCUUUGGCUCGCCGAUCCCCACCUUGAGAUGGUUUAAGAAUGGCCAGGGGAACACGCUGGAUGGAGGAAACUACAAGGCGCACGAGAACGGGAGCUUGGAGAUGAACAUGGCUCGGAAGGAGGACCAGGGCAUCUACACUUGUGUCGCUACCAACAUCCUGGGUAAAGCGGAGGCCCAGGUUCGCCUGGAGGUCAAAGACCCAACCAGGAUUGUGAGAGGACCAGAAGACCAAGCGGUGAAGAGGGGCUCCAUGCCUCGCCUCCACUGCCGUAUAAAGCACGACCCUACACUGAAACUCACGGUCACCUGGCUGAAAGAUGAUGCACCCCUGUACAUUGGAAACAGGAUGAAGAAAGAAGAGGAUGGUCUGACAAUAUAUGGCGUGGCUGAAAAGGACCAAGGGGAUUACACCUGCGUAGCUAGCACGGAGCUGGACAAGGACUCCGCUAAAGCGUACCUCACCGUACUAGCCAUCCCCGCUAACCGUUUGAGAGACUUACCGAAAGAACGACCCGACCGGCCUCGUGACUUGGAGCUGACAGACCUGGCCGAGAGGAGCGUGCGGUUGACGUGGAUUCCCGGCGAUGACAAUAACAGCCCCAUCACAGACUACAUUGUCCAGUUUGAGGAGGACCGGUUCCAACCCGGCAUGUGGCAUAACCACUCCAGAUACCCCGGGAGCGUCAACUCGGCCGUCCUGAGCCUCUCUCCUUACGUCAACUACCAGUUUCGGGUGAUUGCGGUGAAUGACGUGGGCAGCAGCCUGCCGAGCGCGCCCUCCGAACGAUACCAGACCAACGGGGCACGUCCUGAAAUUAACCCCACAGGAGUUCAAGGUGCAGGGACCCAAAAAAACAACAUGGAGAUAACCUGGACGCCUCUGAAUGCAACUCAAGCGUAUGGGCCAAACCUCAGGUACAUCGUGAGAUGGAGGCGAAGGGACCCCCGAGGGAGCUGGUACAAUGAGACAGUGAAGACACCAAGGCAUGUCGUCUGGAAUACACCCAUCUACGUACCCUACGAGAUCAAAGUGCAGGCAGAGAAUGACUUCGGUAGAGCGCCGGAGCCUGACACCGUCAUCGGCUAUUCAGGGGAAGAUUAUCCCAAGGCUGCGCCCACGGAUGUUAGGAUAAGAGUUUUAAACAGCACUGCCAUUGCUCUGACCUGGACCCGAGUGCACCUGGACACCAUCCAGGGACAGCUCAAGGAGUACAGAGCCUAUUUCUGGAGAGACAGUAGUUUGCUGAAGAACCUGUGGGUCUCCAAAAAACGGCAGUAUGUGAGUUUUCCUGGAGACCGAAACCGGGGCAUAGUGUCCCGGCUGUUUCCUUACAGCAACUACAAGCUUGAGAUGGUUGUAACCAACGGGCGAGGAGAUGGGCCACGCAGUGAAGUUAAGGAGUUCCCCACACCAGAAGGAGUGCCCAGCUCCCCCAGGUAUUUAAGAAUCCGACAGCCAAAUCUGGAAAGCAUCAAUCUGGAGUGGGAUCACCCGGAGCAUCCCAAUGGAGUCCUCACAGGAUACAACCUUAGAUAUCAAACCUUUAACGGAUCCAAAACAGGCCGAACCCUGGUAGAGAACUUCUCUCCCAAUCAGACAAGGUUCACCCUGCAGAGGACAGACGCCGUCUCGCGCUAUCGCUUCUUCCUGCGCGCGCGGACCCAGGUGGGAGAAGGCGAAGCCAUAGUGGAGGAGUCGCCAGCCUUGCUGAAGGAAG